GGAGGAGAAGAUGAGUAGGACGACGGUGUGUGAGGAGUACAGUAUUACGCAGGAGGAAUAUUCUCGUCAUGUGAGGGAAUACUGGCGUGUAGCGGCGGAAUCCGAUGGUUUUGAUAUCGAUGAGUAUCGAUGUCCAGUAGUACUUAGGGGACUGGUUCCCUUCCACUGUGGACCCAAAGGUAUUCGUCAUACUUAUAAGCUCAUGCUCGAGCGUUAUGUUUUGUUGGGCCUCCAUCGUUACAAUAUUUUGCAGGGGACAAACUUCAAGCUCGAUGCCGUACAGAAAUGCAUCUCGACAAUGAGCUUUGUGUCUUCCUACUACUUUACUCUUCUUGCACACGAUCCAGCAGCUAUCCCUCCAUUCCAGCAAACCUUUCAGGUUAAAGUUGAUGAAAUGGAAUUCACAGUUAUGGAUUUGGCCGUUUCUAUUGCUAGACCGAAAAAAGUAGUAGUCCAAAAUCAAGAUGAAGCGGCAGUGACCCCCAAGGAGCCCUUCGUACCUCACUUUGAUCAUCGUAGCGCAGUGUCAGUGUCAGUGUCAGAUGGUGUCGUAGAUGGUGUCAUCGUCUUCCAAGGUAGAUUGCCUGAUUGGCCUUCAGAUCAUGCUUUGAAUGAUGAUAGAAACCGGUUUUACGUGCUCAAGGAAUCAGAGUGGCAAACCACUGAUUGGAUUUCUCUCUAUUUGGAACUUUUGAUUUGUGCAACUGAUAGAGGGAUGUUUGGUAUGAUAUUGCAGACUGGUCUGCCCAAGCUUCAUAUUCUGAAAGUUGUGAUAGAAACUGAGGAAGAAGAUCAGAAGCCCCCGGAUGAGAGACUCAAUGCCAAAAGGGCACAUGUCUACAUUACUUUUAAGGGCUUGGCCAAGUCCCCACCGCUUGCUGAUCAUGAGAUUGGUGACCAUGUUGAACGCAAAGCUAUCAUUAGAAGAGUCAUCGAUGCGCAUUCGGGAUGCUUGACUCUCCAGGGUUCUUUUUGGAGUGAUAAAGAUGCCGAGCAUCGUUCUAAGAGACUCCGGACUGGAGGUCCAAAAAGACGUUGA